AUGUGUCGCCACAUCGCACUGAUGGGUCUGACAGAACUGCUUCGGUUUGGUGAACCGAGACAACAUUUCUGCCUCAUCCUUCCUCGCCCUUCCUCGCCCUUCCUCGCCCAUCCUAAGCCGACGCAUUGCAAGGAAGUUUACUUCGGCCGCUCGUCUCCUUCGGAGGCAUUUCGUGCACGCCCGAGAUGUGUUGAGUGUCUCCCACGACUCCUGCAUGGCAGCAUCGCACCACUUCCCUCGCCUUCUCGGGGAAGCUGCACCAGCUUUGCUGCGAGCUCCCGUCUGCGCUUAUACUCUUUCGCUGAUGCCAAGAAUCUGGAGGCUAGUUGUAAGGUCAAUCCGUUGAUGCCGGUGCGCCCAUCACAAUCUGUUUUGCAACCCGAAGGAAACUGGAGCUGGUUUGAAGGUCAUUGA